AUGGCACAACGCGCGGUUUUGUUUCUGCUGUGGCUUGUGGACGGAUCGCUCGCUGGCUUCCCCAAUCAGAUAAAUAUCGGGGGUCUCUUCAUGCGCACUACGGUCCAGGAGCACAGCGCGUUCAGGUUCGCCGUCCAACUCUACAACACAAACCAAAACACCACUGAAAAGCCUUUCCACCUCAACUACAACGUUGACAACCUCGAGUCGUCCAACAGCUUUUCGGUCACCCAUGCGUCCCGAGGAGGCUCCUGUGGUCAGUCUGUUACCCCCGUGUGUGGCUCUCAUAAUGACCCCAAUGACGCGGCCAGCGCCGGCAUCCUCUCUUGUCCCUGGUUGCCGAGCGUCUCCCCAGCAUUGCAGAGUCAGCUCAUUAGCACCCAGCCCUCAUAG